AUGGCCACGGACAUUGAGACGCAGAACAAGGACCUUGGUCGACAGGAUACGUUCGAGGAGAAGUCCCCUAUAGCAGAUUCGGAAUGGGUGAGCUUCAGAAGAGUUCCCGACAAGCUGCCCAAGAUCGCUUUACUCAUUCUGGCUGUCGAGGCCGUUGCAACAGCUCUAGGAAACUUUUUCAAAUUCUGGGCGUAUGCAUCCACCAUCAUCGGAGCUAUAAUUGCCGACCAAUACCUCGGGAAGUUCAAGGCCAUCCUCGCAGCAUCUGCCGUUUACAUUGUUGGCCUGGUCAUUCUGGUCGCGACCUCGACACCAUCUUCGAUCCAGAGCGGUGCUGGAUUUGGCGGCCUGAUUGCUGCGAUGAUCACAAUUGGUCUUGGUACUGGUGGUAUCAAGGCAAACGUCACCCCGAUGUGUGCAGAGCAGUACCAGAACGCUAGACCCGUGUUGAAGACGCUCAAGACUGGGGAGAAGGUGGUAGUUGAUCCGGAGCUCACUGUCCAGAAGCUUUUCAUGUGGUUCUACUGGGUUGUAAAUGUCGGUGCACUAUCGCCACUCAUCACUGUCAAUGUUGAGGCGCAUCACUCGUUUUGGCUUGCAUACCUCAUUCCGCUCAUCGCCAUUAUCAUCUCCCUGGCAGUAUUCUUAACAGGAUCCAAGAAAUACAUCAAAGUCCCACCCCAAAGUUCCGCCAUCGUCGACGCCAUCAAAACCACCACCAUCGCAGUCCGUGAAAAAGGUUUCCAAAACGCUAAACCCUCAGCUCUUGCUGAAUCGCGACGAGACGACAAGUACAAGUUCUCCCGCGAGACACGCUACACUGACACCUACGUCGAGGAUGUGCGCCGCGGCGUUAAGAGCUGCAAGAUCUUCCUCUUCUUCCCCUUCUACUUCGUCUGCUGGAUCCAAAUCUGGAACAACCUGAUCUCGCAAGCCGGCGAAAUGGCGCUGCACGGCACGCCCAACGACCUUUUGCAAAACCUCGACCCCAUCGCGCUCAUCAUCUUCAUCCCGUUUCUCGAUCUCGUCGUGUACCCGACGCUGCGCAAGUUCAAGAUCGACUUUGACCCAAUUAGUCGCAUUUUCGCGGGCUUCAUGCUCGUCAGUGUGAGCAUGGUGUAUGCGAGUGUGCUACAGCAUUAUAUUUACACGAGUCCCGAGAAGAGUAUUCACGUGUGGGUGCAGGCGCCGGCUCUCCGAUCGUUCAUCUCAGCGCUGUUCUGGAUUACGAUCGGCAUCGCAGCUGCCAUCUGCAUUGCACUCAGCCCGGUUUCCCAGGAUCCUUAUCUGGUGUGGAUGUAUGCUGGUCUAGGCAUCACGGGCUUUGUAGCCGGAUGCACAUUCUUCCUUUGCUUUCGCAAGGGCAGGAAGUGGUCAGCAACGAAUGCCGUGAUCUUGGAAGCGGUGCCUGUUGAUGCCCAUCCUGCUGCCGUUGCGUAUCAGGAAGACAAGGGUGUUGGAAAGAUCUAG